GGGGCAGAGAUGCGCUGCCCUUUAAGAAGCGGCGCGUCCAGGGUCGGCGACUGCGUCCAGUGUGGCAUCUGCUGGCUACCGGCACCAUGUCCUUACAGGAUGAUUUUGAUAGAGUUGCACAAGAUGUGAGGAAGCUGAAAACAAGGCCAGAUGAUGAAGAACUGAAAGAACUCUAUGGGCUCUACAAACAGUCUAUCAUUGGAGACAUUGACAUUGGAUGUCCAGUCCUGUUGGAUCUAAAAGGAAAAGCUAAAUGGGAAGCAUGGAACCUCAAAAAAGGGCUGUCAAAAGAAGAUGCCAUGAGUGCCUACAUUUCUAAAGCAAAAGAACUGAUAGAAAAAUAUGGAAUUUAGAAUUCAGAAUAUAAGAAAAGUUUUCCUUUGGAUGCCUUGGUAAUGGUGUCAUGACCUAACAUUUAGGGGAGAAAUGCAUUUUUAACUCUUCACAUAUCAUGAGUGCUUUUGCUGUUCACAUGAAUUAUAAUCUUUAAUUAGAAACAUGCUGAUGCUACCUAUUUAAUGAUAUUUUACUUACUUAAACCACGUGAUGUUAAAUGUUCUUUAAAAAAUAUUACUCUGGGGCCCU